ACACAACAAUAGUGAAAGGUGGAUCCUCAAGGGGUAAACUGGGAGGUCCGACGCUCCAAGAAGCAGUUCUGGGCUGUAAGCCUUGAGGUGAAGCCGAAGGAACGAGUUCGCAUUUCCUCGGGCACAGAUAAACAUUCAAGACUGCAAAUACUCACUGGACACAGCAUUAAGCUGAGGUCUGUCGUAUUGGCUUUAAGUUAGCCAACAGUUCUUCAAGUAGAGACUCAAAUCUGUGAUAUAAUGUACACGAGUUUGUUUUUAAAAUAUUAAUUUCCAUUGUUGACAUUUCUAAAAACUUUGUUUUGUUUCGCAAUCUGACGUCAAUUGUUACCUCCGAAGAAAGAUGUUACUUCUGCGAACAGUUGACAUACGAAAGCGAAUUUUAAUCGAGGCAGUCCGAUUUGACGACAGCGUUGCGUAUGGACUUAUAAUUUGUUUUUGAUGUGCGUUUCCCUUGAAAUGGCUGGUUGUUCAGAUGUUACCUCUGCGACUGCGACCAUGGUGACAAAGCCCGUGGGCAAAGGAGCUGGAGAAAGUCGCAAGAUUCGCAAGCCGCUGAUGGAGAAGAGAAGGAGGGCGAGGAUUAACCAGAGUCUAAAUGAACUUAAGAAACUUUUGCUGGAUGGAAACAGCAGUAAGAAGGAGGGUUCAAGGCCAGCCAAAUUGGAGAAGGCUGACAUCUUGGAAAUGACGGUCCAGCAUCUGCAAAAUCUCCACGAACAACAGAGACAACAGCAUCAGGAAUGUCUGAAACAACAAGAGGUUACAGUGGAAAAUGAAGGAAAAGUGUCACCAAAACAACACGAGAAGAAACAGACCAAAACAUGUACGGAAUCAUCGUGUAUGUCUACAAAUAAAAAUAGGGUGAAAUCUGAAGUUGAACAUCAAGAGACGCGCGACGCGUUUCAGCUACAAAAGCUUUCUUCGACAAUUCCUGAUACAGUGUGCAGGAACCGGAAACAGUCCGGACAGACAACAACGCAGCGAAGCGCGCCAUCUACUUGUCAGCAGGAGAAACACUGUGAAAAAAGUUCCUCAAGCCCAAAAUUCCGUGCGGGAUUCAACGAAUGCGCCAGAGAAGCACGGAAGAUACUCGAAACUUUCAGCGAUUUGGACCGAGCUGUUCGUGAAAGGUUAUCAAACCAUCUGGCCUCGUGUCUCGACUCUUUAGAAAACAUGAAUGACGUCACAAGCAGUUGCAGUAACCAUCAGGCUGCGGACAGUACACAGAGCAUUGUUGCAGAAGACAACAGAGUUGUUCCUUCGGCUUCUCCGUCCGUCCUGAUUCAGAUGCCGAAGGGACUGACUUUGUUGCCGACAAAAUUACCGAACGGAGAUCUUGCCUUUGUUAUUCCAGCUGAAAUUAAGAAGAGUGUGACGUCUUGUUUUGACAUUGAGAUUGCGCAGAAGUCUCGUCUGGACUCAAAAAUUCAUUGUGUUGAUGAAAGCAAGCAUCAGGAAGAGGGUGUGGUCUGGAGACCAUGGUGACUUUAAGAAAAGCUUCUCAAGGAGGAAUGAUCCUGUGAUAAUCACCAAAAUUUUACCUGUUAAUGUUACGAAAAUUUAUAUCUGUUUGUGAUUCUAAAAACGUGACUGUACAAUAUUAAUAUAGAGAUUCAAUUUAAAUAAAUAAAGAAAAGAAAUAGAAAAUGUGGAUAGGUGAUGAAGGUGGCUCGUCUUCUGGGCUGUUGCACCGUGUAACCUGGUA